CGCCGCUGGCAGCAUGCCGGUGGAGUCGUGCGGGCGGCGGGCGCGCGGCCUCGCCGACAUCGCGCCGCAGUACAUCGCCAAGAGUGGACUGUGUGCUGCAACAGAGAUGGAAUCUGCACGAGGUGGCAGCAUUCGCAUCCAGCAUUUGACUGGCGCGACUGCAGGUGUGGCCGGGGAGGGCAGGUCCCGCUUUCCCAAACUGGAUGAAUGUGCACACUUCCACUAUGAGGCUGUUGAACUAGGCCCUCUGCAAAUCUGUCUCUAUGAGGAAGAACUAAAACCAUUAUGGAGUGAAGACUCUGAGAAUAAAUGGUGGCAUGUGUCAGUUACAUCGCAGGGAAAGAGCUGGGUAAUACGCCGAUCCUAUGACAACUUCCGUUUGUUGGAUCAGCAACUGCAUCGAUGUAUAUAUGACAGAAAAUUCUCAGGCCUUCCUGAGCUUCCUCCUGAGGACAAUGUUCCUGGCACAAAUCAUGAGGAAAGCACACGCCAGUUGCUGUCUGACUAUCUGCUGCGCUUCUCGCAGUUGGCAACAAGUACAGUCAAUUGUGGGCCAGUGCUCAACUGGCUUGAGCUAGACAAUAGAGGCCAUCGGCUAUUGGUACCUGAUGGGGACAGCUGUCCCAUUAACACACCAGCUGUGGCAGCAGCCUAUGCAAUUCGCCGAUAUCAGGCUCAGGCUGGUGAUGAGAUUUCCUUUGAGAUUGGGGACAUGAUUUCUGUGAUUGACAUGCCACCUCCAGAGGAGUCAGUAUGGUGGAGAGGCAAGCGUGGUUUCCAAGUUGGCUUCUUCCCUAGUGAGUGUGUUGCAGUAAUCGGUGAUAAGGUCCCCCACGGGUUACCUAUUCCACAGCAGCCUCCACAACAGCAGCAGCAGCAGCCUCCACAACAGCAACAGCAGCAACAAAUAGAGCAGCAGCGACAGCAACCUAGUAAACCUGUAUUGCGGAAGCAUGGAAAGCUCAUUGCCUUCUUUCGCUCUUUUAUUCUGGCACGUCCAUCACGUCGCCGGCUUCGUCAGUCUGGUAUCCUCAAGGAACGAGUAUUUGGCUGUGAUCUUGGAGAACAUCUCCUUAACUCAGGACAUGAUAUUCCUAUGGUCCUGAAAUGUUGUGCAGAAUUUAUAGAAAGUAACGGUAUAGUGGAUGGUAUUUAUAGGCUUUCUGGUGUCACAUCCAACAUACAAAAAUUGAGAAAUGCGUUUGAUGAGGACCGGGUUCCAGCCCUGUAUGAGGAUGAAGCUAUUCUUCAGGACAUACAUUCAGUUGCUUCACUACUUAAAAUGUAUUUCCGUGAACUUCCAAAUCCACUUUGCACUUACCAGUUGUAUCAUACAUUUGUUGGAGCAGUGCAGGCUGGUACUGAUGAAGCAGGCCGUCUGGCACGGAUGAGAGAUGCUGUGCAUAAACUUCCACCUCCUCACUACAGGACACUGCAAUACCUAGUGCGGCACUUGGCACGAGUAGCUUCUAGAGGUCACCUCACAGGCAUGACGCCUCGCAAUGUGGCCAUUGUUUGGGCCCCUAAUCUGCUCCGCUGCAAGGAACUGGAAGUUGGUGGUGUGGCUGCCCUGCAAGGGGUUGGAGUACAGGCAGUUGUCACAGAGUUCCUGGUAUGCUAUGCUGACCUUAUUUUCUGUGAGGGACUACCGGCACAGGUUCCCAUAACCAGACAGCAGUCCGAGGCUCUGGAUGUUCCAGGAAGGCGAAGUCGGCCUAAGAGUCUUGCUAUCUCUACUCCUACAAAAUUACUAUCCUUGGAGGAAGCUCGAUCACGAGCUUUGAUGUCAUCUGGAAAGGGAGAACCAGAGUACAUUGAAGUAGGUGGAGGACCAGCCAGCCUUCCUGCCAAAUACCACACUGUGAUUGAGCUCCCUGGUGGUGGCUCAGCUCGUAAGCGAUCUGGUUCCAAAAGGUCACCUCUUGGAUGGAAGUCCUUUUUCAGUAAAUCAGGCCGCAAGACUGGAAAAGCAACUACGCCAUCUGAUUUAGGUCUCAAUCAGACAACUGCAGUAACGGAAGCAGAUUUGUCAGUGGGAAGGCGACGCUUGCGGCCUGUAAAGAGUGCGGAGUCAUUGGCCAACUCGUCGAGUCGAAAUUCUGCUGCAGUGACAGAUACAGAUCUCCCAUUGCAAGCCCCAACGGCAGGAGUACCUGAGGAUCUUGUUAGGGCUGGUGGUCAUAGCCGCUCUGUUUCACACGAUUCAUACUUUGAUCAGUUGGCAGAAACCCCAGCACGUACUCGUGCACAUGCUAGGCCAUCAAGACUAGCAGAAGAGGAGCGAGAGGAACACUUCUCUUCUUCUUUGGACCUGAGUGAAAUUCAGCUGAACUUUGAACUGGAGGAAACGGAAAUGCGCAUCUUCUCAGAGGACGAGACGUUGCUGUCGGUGGGUAGUGGGAGCCUGAUCUCCCAGGGCUCGCCUCGUAUCUGGCCAGGGGCUGCCCUCAGGAGGGGGCAGAGUGCUGCAGGUGAAGCAUCCCCAAAGCGACAGCAGCGACCAGCAGGUCCACCAUCCCCACGUUCGAAGCGCUCUCGUUUAGAGCAGCGACUCGGGUGUUCUCCACACGAUGAGCUGCGUUACAUUGACAGUCAGAGUCCUGAAUCCGUUUCGGCAGUUGGUAUUAAUAGUGGUUUGCAAGUAACAGUGCAUGCUGAGGUGCACCCUCUCAGUUCACCUCCAUCAACACCUGGUUACCGUCCUCUGCUGGACAGUAGUCCUGAGACACCUGAUCCAGACAGGCCACACACCAGCAUGUACCAGGAUAUGUCGAGUGCCAGGUCUAGCAGCACAUAUAGGGACGCUUCAGGCGACGAAAGAUCUCCAACGUAUCAUGAGAUGUCUGAUACAAAGUCAAGUAGUACUCAUCAGGAAGGCUCUUGUGACGAGAGAUCUCCUGGGACCACUUUUGAUGACUUGGCAGGGAGGAGGCUAACGGAAUCCUACUGUAGUACGCAAAGCGAUGCAGAUGUUGGCGUCUAUCAGAAUGUGUCACUUAGUGCCUAUUGUGAAGAAUCUGAAAGUGAAAAAUCUCAGCAUGCAUACGAAAAUGUUAGUAGCACAGCAUCACCCCAUAGGCACAGCAGUGCUGCAAGUGACAGUGAUACCAUUUACCAGGAAGUAUCGAGAGCAAAAUCUUUGUCUUGUGAUGUGCCAAAUAAUGUGUUGAACAGUGCGUGUUACGAUGAUGUGAGUGAGAAAUCUUCUACUUUACAACACAGUAUCACUAGUGAAGAAGGAGUUAAAGAUGCAAACUGGAAUAUGAAUAGUGAAGUGUGUUCUGGGGCUUUCCCAGUUUCAGAAAGCUGCAGUAGUGACAAAGAUGAUAGGUUAUAUGAAAAUAUUCCUCAGUGUGUGAAUCAUAAGUGUGGAAGUGAUAGUAGUUCAACAAAAUCGUGCAGCAGUAGUUUAGCAGAAAAUGAUCACCUACAGGCAAAGACGCCUUCAGUAACAGCUGUCUAUCAAAAUGUGUCCCCAAGUGGCUCACCAUUACAUUCUGCAUUUUCCAAUGUUUAUCAGAACUUACCAAGCAGGACAUCGGAAAAUGUCUACCAGAACGUUAUCCACAACUAUGAACCCGUUCUUCCAGUAAAAGAAGUGCAAAAUCUAAAACCCACAGAUCUCUAUGAAGAUGCCCCAGAAGAACAUGUUUAUGAAGAUGUACGUCCUUUGGUCACAGAUGGUAUUGAUUUGUACCAGCAAGUAAAAACAUUAAGAAGAUCAGUUCAUGAAGUAAAUCAGUUACUUGGGGAAACAACAGUUUCAGAAGCAGAUAGCAGAAUCAGUGGGAGUCCCUCUGACAGUAGCCACCAUGAAACAUUGGACACAAGUUCCAAUUUGGAUCUGGGGUCAGAUAUAGCAGGAAGUACAACACUGUUAGAUACCACAGUCUGUGACAACGAGUUAGAAAAUAAUGGUGAUCUAAAACAUAAAAAAACAGAAAUUGUUAGUACUGAUGAUGUGAAGAAUGCUUUUGUUUCGACAAGACAUACUCCAUCUAAUGAUGGUUCAAUUUCGGAAUUACUAGAUGAUGAAAGCUGCAAUGUGGUUACAGAAAGUGUUGCAGGUGGUAGAAGUGUUGCAGCCUCUGCUAAUGUGAGAACAGAAGAAAGAUCCCAGAAAUCACCACAGAGUGUACAAGAGGAGUUUGCUUCUGGUGUUACAUCAUAUACUCAAAGUGAUAUUAUUACAGUAGUUACAGAUCCUUAUGUUCCAAGAGGAGCUGUUCAGAAAAGUGAUAACAGACUAUGUGAUAAUAGGAAUGUAGGUUAUGAUAGUGGGAACAAUAUUGUUAGUAGUCCUGGAAUGGCAGAGGAAAGCGUCAAUGAGAGUGAACCGUCAGACGUGACUGGGCCAGAAAAAUACUCUAAUCAUAGUGCUGAAUAUUCAAGGACACUACAGGCAUCUCCAGCUGACAAUAAUGAAUGUCAAAACCCACCAGAAGUAAUAGAAAGUGCUACAAUUUCUUCAGGUUCAGCAGUGGAUGAUUGCAGUAGUAAUAACAAUAAUUAUGUGGGAAAAAAUAAUGCUGAUAUUUACUUCCGGGAAAAUUUUCUUAGUGGUGAAAGAAACUCACUCUCCAGGCAGAGUAACAAAGAAAACUCAGAAGACAGUGCACCAUCUGCAGAAACCAGCCCUCACAGGAGAAGAAGGAACACAUCUUCUGGAAGUGGUAGCAGGUCAACACCUUUCUUGGAAACAAAUUUGGAUGAUACAGAAGAUUUUGGUGAUUCCUCAGGAAGUAGUCCUAUUCGUGAAACCAGUCCCACUUCCAAAUUACCCCUGGACAACAAUAGGCGUCGAUUUGAAUCUGAGAUUGGACGCGAGAUUUUGCGUGAGAGGCGGAUGAAGCAAGAAUUGGAGGAAAUACGUAGUCAAGCUACAGGAGGACAGGCUCGAUCUCGCCGUCCUGUUCGCUCCCUGCCUGCAAGACCGAGUGACACGUCAGUGCCUUCUCAGCCACUCCCACCCUGCGUGCGGGCAAGAGAGGCUCGUGCUCGCCGCCAGCUUUCUUCAGGUUCCCUUAGUUCGUCAUUAGAUGGGGGAAGAUUCCCAUCUUCGGUUCUUGUGCGUGCAACAACAUCACCUGAUGUUAAUGUGGAUUCCACACUAAGACCAUCUGGCAUGGCAUCUGCAACAUCACAGGCUCCUGCUCAUCCUCUUCCUCUGCCUUUGCCUGAGGAUGAUGAUCCACAAAGGCGAGAACGUAUUGAACGCUACAAACAAGAGCGACGGACGUUCUUACGUGAAAAAUAUCGCUCAGAAAGCUUUCGUGGGGAGCGUGAUGAGAUGCUGCAGCGGUUGAAGAGACGAGCAGGUCGUACUGCUGGUGGAACAAAUGAGCAGCCUCCUGAAGGCAACAGUGAUCAAGCCAGUGUUCUGAGUGCCAGACUACAUGAAUCAUCUGCUGGAGAACCUGAAAGAAGCCCUAAUUUGUCAAGGGAUAGAGAAAUCAGAAGAGUGUCUGAUGAUCAGAAAAGUAGUGAUAGCACGAAAAUAACAGAGAAAGUAUUAACUGAUGUAGCACGUGAAAGGCGGAUAUGUGAAGAAGAUAGUGUUGUGACAAGAACACGUCCAGGAAGAGCUAGAUACACGGACAGAACAGAGGAAGAAUUGCGGACAGGUUCACUACGAAGGUCAUCAGCACCUCAGCAAGGUCCUGGAUGUAUUCGUGAUAUGGCUGCACUAUUUGAGGCUCGAGAUAUGUCUGGCUCAACAUCUACACCACCAUCACAGCCGACCACAGUGGCUGCAAAAACUUAUGUGUCUUCUGUGUAGCACUGUUCAAGUGAGCUAUCGAGGGACCUGAUUGGUGGAGUGAAGUUUCCUCAAACCAGACAGUUUCUGGAACUGUACAUCUGUGAUAUAUUGCAUUUAUAAUGUUUCAAGACAGUUGCAAAACUGGCAACAGAAAAACAAGUAGCUGCAGUUUUAGCUUUUGCUUAUGGAGAGGCAUAAGGAUCAUUAAAGAUCUACUGUUUAACAGACUGCUUUCUGGACAAUAUUUAUUUAUUUAUAAAUAUAUUUUUACAUUGUUAAUUGUUUUGUAAUGGAUGCUGUGUUGUGUUCUGUGUAACACAGGGUAUUUUUCAUUUGCUGUAACAAUUUUUACUGCAUUUACUGGACCUCACUGAUGUUAUGAAGAGAAAUAAGUUAUAGCAAAAACUCAGAACUGGCUGAGAUUUGAGGAUAUAAUGCUGGACUUAAUAUCCGUAUUGCCAGGAAAUAUUCAUUUCUGUUUAAGACACUGACAUAUGAUUUGUAGUACACUCCUCCUGAAAAAUUAUCUUGUACAGAUGUUCUCUGUAUGAGCUUUUUACAGAGUUAUGUAGAACUUUUGUUUACCUUUGAUUAGUUAGCUCAACUUCACCCUUUCUUUUAUCAUUUUUAUUUUUUUAAAAUAAUUAUUGAAAAUUGCAUUUGUAUUUCAUAUAUGUCUUGUUACAUUUCAAAUAUAUUUGUUACUGUUUUCUACUUGAUAGUUAACAUAUUAAACACUUUAAUAGUGUUAUGUUCACUCCAGUUGGUAAUUAUCAUUUUUACCAAGCUCAGUAUUAUGUAGAGUGUUUCACUUAGGAGAGAAAGAGAUAAUGUUUCAUAAUGGUGUCAUUCCAGUGGAAUGGAUGAAAUAAAAUUCAUCUAACUAUUGACAAAUGCUGAGUAAAGACAUGCUUUGAACUUUCUUAUCAUCUCUGAAAAAACUGUUGUACUCCAGUUUGGCUGUUGGGCUAAUGUAUGGACACACAUGACAACACAUCAAUUAGAGACACAGUGGCAACAAUGGGACAGGAUUUUACCAUUAUAAUAUUAUAAUAUUGGGGAUGUUGCUGAUCAUCAGUGUGCCAUCUGCAAAUCACUAUUUUCAAGGCUAUUUUUGUAAUAAUAUUCACAUAAGCAUAUGCAAUUUCUGAAAUAGCUAUCGAUAAAUUUAUGUCUCUUUCAUGGAUGAGAAUACUGUGAAAAAUUCAGUUUUUGUUGAUGAAAUAAAUCUUGACACUUGUUCCUCUACAUCUUCUCAAAACGAAUUUCUGUAAAGAAACUUGUGUUUUCACUGAGCAGUACAUGCUACAAGUAUAUCGUACACUACAAGGCAUUUGUAUUUUUAAGAGGAGUCUGGUAGUAGUAAAGCAACAUGAAAUGAUCAUAGAUAUACUUCAAAGUAUUUACUCAGUACAUUCUUCAUUCAAGAAAUUAUAUGCAAAGGGACCAUAACAUUUGAUUGCCCAUGUAAGUAGUUUUUCCUUAUCAGGAUCUUCCAUAAAAAAUGUGUUUUAUCAGCUGAUUAUUAUUUGUUAACCAUCAUGAGAUUCCACACUGUUAGAUGUAUUGUUGUUGUCAUUAAUGUAUAUUUAUAUCUGUACUUUGUACAAACACGUGCAAUGUAAACAUCUUUUUCGGUGUAUGUAUAUAAUAUAUGAAUGCAAGUUGGUUGCUUAUACAUGUAGAAUGUUAAUGGUAAAAGAUACAUUUUUCCUGUUCCUAAGCAAGAUAAACAUAAUGUCGUAACACUAUGCUACAUGCUACCUGCUUGUGAAAUUUUCAUUGUAAAAGUUUUGAACAGUCUUGUUGCAAUAAGUUAGAAGCUUUAAGAACAUUUAUAUUGUUCUUGGCAUAUCUGCUGUUUGAAACAUAAAAGGCAAACAUGUUAGAUCAGUCUCGACUUUGGAAGUAAUAAAACACACACACACACACACACACACACACACACACACACACACACACACAAAAUUCACAUGUUACUCCAAUGACAUUCAUCAUGCUAAUGAAAGAUUGAAAACCUCAUACUGCAAAAAUAUAUUUUCAGCAACCGAAUGGUCGGUUUGUUAAUAAUUGCAGUGGGAUAUAAUUAUAGUAAAUUAUUAUUGCAUCAGUAUUUUAUUUCAGAUUGCUGUACAUAAGAUCUGAACAAGAAAAUAUACUGUUCAGCACUGACACUGUGAGGUUCAGAGGACAAUAUUAGCUCAAAAAUGAGAAAUAUGAAGCUGCAUGUAUGAUUUAUAUAAAUGGUGUGCAUGUAACAUCUUCUAAAAUAGGUGAGGUUAUUUUUAUACAUAUUUGACUUGAUUUCUAAUUGAAAAACUGAAGUUGGUUGAUUGAAGCAUUGCUUUGCCAGAGGAGUGAAAAACACAGAUGAAGGAAGUUAUUUAAAAUAUUGAUUGUGAGGGUGUGAGAGUUCCAUAACUGUAUUGAUGUUAAUGAAGCUGUAUUUGGAAUGAACUAUUAUUUUCUGCUUCAUAUUGCUGUGAUGUACCAAAGGAUGGAUUCAGUAUGUAAUAUAACGGAAACCCACACAGCAAGUUCAGUACUGACAGUGGUUUUUACUACGAGACUCUUAUAUUACUGAGUAAAUUGCAUGGGCAUUAUGAGUGUGACAUACUUGAAAUGUUCUUUUGCAACUAGUUAAGCAUUUCAAUAAUUUUCAAAAAACUGAUGAUUGUAUUGUGACUUAUACAUAUUUUAUAUCUUUAACUAAAAGUCCAGGACUUGGCUAAGUUGUAACACAGUAGAACACUGAGAAUGAAAAAAAAAAAGCUUUUACAUUUGGCAAAUUCUGUGUCGCACCCUGAAUGGCACUCUUUUUUGUGAAGAACUAUUACUCAAAUUAAUUUAUGUCUUCUAAGCAAUGAGUGGGAUCACUAGUGCACAAAUUUAAGAACGCAUUAAUAUAUUCUGGCACUUUCCAUAUGUAAUGGUUUUAUGGAUGUGCUGUUUUAUGACAAAUAUGCAAUACCUGUGUUACUUUUAGCCAGAAAAGUGUUCCUUUGAACGUGAUUGCUUAAAUCUCAGACAUAUGAAAGUUGCUUGUUUUUAAAAUCUGUGUUUUAGACAAAGAGCCUCCUAUAAACAGUCAUUUCUAUCAAAUACAUAAAAAGCUGCAAAUCUUUAAAAAUUUCUCCAGAGUAUUAAUAAGGAAGUAAUAUCAUUGAUAUCAUGAAAUUCAUAAAAUAUUCAGCACAGAGUCAUGUAGUGAACAGUGACGUAUCAACCUUCUGACACUGGGAAACUAAGGGACUACUUUUCAUUAGUAUUUGCCAUGGGCACUUUGUAUAACAACAAGGCAUGUGUUAUGAGCAUGCUACAGUGUAGAGAAACAGCAGAGAGACCACUAGCUCUCGAGCUACCACUUUUUUCUAGUUUAAAAACACACACACACACACACACACACAAAUCACAGUUAAGGUGAUGCUUAGUUUGGAGCAUUUGGUGGGUGUGUAGUUGUGUGUGCUCUUAAAUAAAAAAAAAAUAAAUAAAUAAAAAAAAUACACUUCAACAUAGUAAAGUCUCAGGAUGUAACAUUUGUCUAUGUAUCAUACAUCAAAGAGCUACAGGUGAGUGACUACAAAUCCUUAUUUUUGUUUGGCAUCAAUUUAAAGUGUUUUAAGAACUGAAUAGGACAGAAGAAUAGGUAAGAAUGAGAUAGUCUCAAAAAGGAAUAUUUCCAUAGUUGCUGUUCUGGUCUUAAAUCCAAAGACUAGCAAGGAGAGCUACAUCAAACCAGUCAACCCUGUGCAAGCUACUUCAUGUCUGAGUAACCACUGCAACCUUCAUCCAUUUGAACUUCCUUGCUGUCUUAAAAUCAAUUUUUACUCCCCAUACUUACAUUACCAAAUUAGUUAUUCUUUGAUACCCUAAAUGUGUCCUACUGAUCCUCUCCUUUAGUCAAAAUGUGCCAAAAGUUCUUUUUUUCCCAAUUCAAUUCAGUACUUUAUCAUUAGUUAUUUGAUAUAUACACCCAUCCAAUAUUCAGCAGUCUUCUGUAGCACCACAUUUGACAAGCUUCUUUUCACUUAGAUCUGCAUAGGUAAUGAUGAAGUACCAAGAAUGUUUUUAGGGUUUUAAAAGAAAUUAUGUAGGGUGUGUAAAGAAAGAGCCAAUCAAGGUAUAAUAAUGAUCAACAUCUUGCCUCUUCUGAACUGGCUUUUCAUCCUUUCUAUAAAAAUUCUACCAUUGUUGGUAAGAUAUUUUAUUAAUAUGGUGGUGCCUUUUGAUUUUUUAGAUGGCACAGAAGAUGAAAAAUAUAAUAUCUUAACCAUGUAAAUUGUCGCCACAACCGUAUUAGUGUACUCAUGGAAAGGGGGAAUCUUUUUGAAGAUUACAGGAGACAGUAAAUUUGAAAGAAGACUUAAUCUUUCAAGAGAAAUAGUCUGGUGGUUAUUAUGAUAGUUUCAUUACCUUUUCGUUGGUUGCUGCUGAUGGUAAUACUGUUCUGUCUUUAAGGACGGCUUUUUUGUGUCAAACCUCUUUUUUUUCCCCUGAAGCAUGCUGCAGUUUGAGAGAGUUUCAUAGCAGACACAUCACUUUUGUUUACAAAUCAUCAUUAGUCAUAGUCUGUGUUUAUUAGUCCUUUUUACACAUUAAGAAGUCAGCCAGCUUUCCUCUAUCAUUAGCAGAGGUUGAAAUAAAAAAGAACUUGGUUGCUCUAUCACUGUUAGUGAUUUUUUGUCUUUUAGGAACCUGCUUUUUCUCUUACUGCACUGCUGUUCUAUGCACUUUGCUUCACUUUUUGUAAAACUCUGCACAAAUUAUCUUUAUAGAAAUUUUACAAAGCUCAGAGAGUAACAACAAAGUUUUUUUGACUUCAGCCUCUGCUCUUGACAUGGGGAAAAACCUGUAGACUACAGAACAAAUAGAAAGGAGUAAUAAACACAAAUCACCACUGAUGAUGUUUUGUAUAUAAAAGCCAGUGUGUCUGCCCUUAAACAGCAGAAUGUUGUAAGACGGGGGGGGGGGGAUGAUGAUAAUAAUAAUUACUGAUAUGUAACAGCUAGUGCAGGAGAUGGACAUGGCCAUCCAAAUAAUUUUUUUCUUAUUUUCAUUGUGAACUGCAAGCCUACCUUAACUUCACACCAAAAGAAGCAUGCUACCCCAUUCCACUGUAAGACAAGAAGCAAAAUAAUAAUAAAAAAAUUAUGAAGCUCAGUAUGCAUUCUCUGUUCAGACUGUGUCUUUCUUCCAAUUCACAUCUGUAUUUUACAUUUCAUUUCAUUGCGAUGUGACACAAGGUUUACGUUACAAUGCCAAUCUAAGAAUUGUGGUUCAACCUCAUCCAAAUCUAACAACUUUAGUUCUUUAAAUAAGAUUCCAAAAUAUUUUGAAUAAAGUCCUUUUGUCAGCUAUCAAGCAAAACUGACAUGAUGACAAUCUUUGCAGAGUUUUGCUAGUAAAAAAGAAGUAUGUGAGCUAACUUCCAAAAAGGAUUUUAUGCUAAUUGACACUGGUCAUGAAACCAUAUGCACAAAAUAUUUUAUCUCUCCUAUCCAAUCGCGAUAUUAUUGCUCUUGGCCUCCCGCAGCUGUUAUCAGAAAAACACGGUGACAUUACGGUAAACAAGUACAGUUGUGACUAAACGAAGUGCAUCAUAUUUUAAAUGAUUUCAAGACAGUUGUGCACAUCUACUAUCAAGUGGUUCAGUGUGCCUUCGCGAAAUAUCACAAUGAAAACUCAUGAUAUGCCGACCAAUGUGCUGUCAUUCCCAGGUGCAAUAAUAUUGUGGUUGACUAAUACAUAAACAUUUUAUCUUGUUUGGAACACACAGCCAUGCCACUUUGGAAGUAACUGCUAUUUCAUUGUAUGUACCACUCUUCUGUUGAGUUUUACAUGAAAUGUAAUCAUUCUGUAUAGACUAUGAGAGAUGCAUUACAUAGCUGUUUUCUACAUCCUUCCAUAACAGUCAGAUGUGCACAGAGCAAUUAUUUAUCAAUUACUUUGAAGCAUAUGUGUCACAUAAGUGUCAAUAAAGUGAUUAAUAGAACCUUUUUAUCAAUUUGCAGCUAAAACGUAAGUGGAGUGUAGCAAAAUUUAAGUUGUCAUGAAAAAGCCUGACUUAUUUCUACAGACUGUUGUCAAGAUAUUUAUUUAUUUAUUGCUCCUCUGGCAAAAUAUCCAGAAUACAAUUUUUUGAGAAGAAUGAAAUUUGAAGUAAUAUACUGACAAUAACAUCAUUUUUGUAACCUCACUGGCUCAUUAUAUCUCAUUCCCUAGUAUAUAAAUAAGUAUAAGCAAUCAUGUAACAAAAAUGAUGAAAUGCCACAGGACACAACUGCCUUAAAAAUAUGUCUUGUGUGCUUAAGAAAUGUGCCUGCAUUUGCCUACAUAUUUCAACAAACACCUUCUGUUAGCACAUUUUAUUAGUAUAAAUUCUGUAUUCAAGUACCGACAUUAUAAACUGAUAUCAUAAAUAUUUGACGUACAUAAUGCACAGUAAAUUUCAGGACAGAAAAAAAUUUAGAAAAUUUGUGUAGCAUAUUCCUUCAGUAGGUUUGUGUUUAUUUUUGCUCAACAGUUAGGAAUACUACUGUCUAUCUUCCUCUCACUGGACUCAGUUUGGAUGUCUUUUCUCCAGCCAGUUGGCAAGUGAUAAUGUUAUGCCCAUUUUUAAUGAUAUACCAAAGUGUGCAAAGAAAUGUAGCAGUUAAAAGAUCUUGAUAAGAUUUGUAUUAUAGGUGUAAAUCAUAUUUUUUCAUCAGAAUUUGUGUUGUCACUUGACAUUAUGUGCUCUUAUAUAGGAAUAAGUAGUUUACAUAAUGUCAGUUGGGAUGUGAAGAACUGUUACAUACCACUUUCAUAAUUUUAUUGUUGGGUGUACUUUUUUUAAUGUCACAUUCAUAGUAGGAGCUAAUAUGUUACAAAAUGUGCAGCACAUACUGAAGACAAGAGAUAUUCAUUGGAAAAUUUCAUUUCAUUGUCUGAUAUUGUUAAAUAUUUACUACAUUUAUUUUGUUUAUGAAGAAUGAGAUUAAUUUCAUUUAAAUGACUGUGUAGUCUUCACUGAAUAUUGUGAUUAAAAGCAUUAA